AAAACACAAUUAUAAAUAGUCUGCUAUUCCAUCACAGCCUAGAAGCUGUUCCAUCGCUUAUUAAUGCAGCUUUGUUCUCCAACCUGACCCCACACACGUUAUUUUAUUGUAAGUCAUUGAUUUAAGUGUCAACAAUAUUUGAUGCUGAUUUUUGCUUGUUGAUUUUGCAGUACUGUUUCAGAUGUUUACUUAUUAUUAUCAUCAUCAUCAUUUUAUUACUAUCGUUAUAAAAAAAAUAAUUCAAGAUAAAAGUCAACUGCGACCUUCCAAAAGUUUACAGCUGAAAAACUAGAAUACGGAAGAAGUCAAAACAUCAGCUUUGUGCAUUACAGACAUGGACAGGACAUCAACCCAGCUGACGUUUGUGUGAGAGGAGGAGUCGCCUGAAGUCAUUCAGAAUCCAGCAUCCCUCCGAGAAUUGCUCAAGCAACUCACUCUAAUUUUCAAGUGAGGUACCGGACACACUUCUCUGACACCACAUUGUCCAGGACGGUCUGAGCUAAUGCGACGAGUCUGAAGGGUGUGGGUGUCGGGUCCCUCGUGAGAGUGAACAUCUUGAACUGCGAGCUCAAAGUUUUGUUGCUGAAGGACAUUUCAUGGAUCUCCUUGUCUUGCAAACUGCAUCGAAACUGUAGGACAGACGGAGACUUCGGUGAGGAGAAACACUUUUCUCUCGGACAAACCCAUCUGCGCUCCGUUUACUUGACUUUCCUCACCCGGAGAGCAAGAUAAUCGAUUAUUGAAUGGCGAAAAUAAAUAAUAUUAAUAAUUCAUCAAGCUUUUAGGGACGCCUUUUGGGUAUUUGGACAGUGCGUUGAUGGGUUUAACAAAUAAGCUGUUUGGAUGAGUGGCUUGGUUUUUGCAGCUCGCUGGGAGGCGACGUGUCCAAGCCAACGAGACAACUGAUGAACCUUAUUCACCCAGUUUGAAACUGCGAUGCAAUAAACCCCAAAGAAAAACCUGUCAGUUAUCACAGAAAAGUCGGACAUGGAAAUGACCAACAGGUCCCUGCAUUAUCCCUCUCUCCUCCAUGUGGAGCUCAGCCCGCUGAAUGACUUUAUGGACGACAACGAAACCAACUCCACGAUGGGGGAGCGGAACUUGUUGGGCUGCGUUCAGAUUCGCAUCCCUCAGGAGCUCUUCUUGGCGCUGGGGCUCAUCAGCCUGGUGGAGAACAUCUUAGUGAUCGUGGCCAUCAUCAGGAACCGCAACCUGCACUCGCCCAUGUACUACUUCAUCUGUUGCCUGGCAGUGUCCGACAUGCUUGUCAGCGUCAGCAAUGUGAUGGAGACCGUAUUCAUGCUGCUCAAUGACCACGGCCUCCUGGUCGUGCACCCCGGGAUGCUGCGCCACCUGGACAACGUCAUCGACGUGAUGAUCUGCAGCUCCGUGGUGUCCUCGCUCUCCUUUCUGUGCACCAUCGCCGCAGAUCGCUACGUCACCAUUUUUUACGCGCUCCGCUAUCACAGCAUCAUGACCACGCAGCGCGCCGUCAUUAUCAUCGUGGUGGUGUGGCUGGCCAGCAUCGCCUCCAGCAUCCUCUUCAUCGUGUAUCACACCGACAACGCGGUCAUCGUGUGCCUCGUCACUUUCUUCUUCACCACUCUGGUGUUUAACGCCGUGCUGUACCUGCACAUGUUUCUCCUGGCGCACGUGCACUCUCGGCGCAUCAUGGCUUUCCACAAAAGCAGGCGCCAGUCCACGAGCAUGAAGGGAGCGAUUACCCUCACCAUCCUGCUCGGGGUUUUCAUUGUGUGCUGGGGCCCCUUCUUCCUCCACCUCAUCCUCAUCCUCGCAUGCCCCACCAGUUCGUUUUGCAACUGUUUCUUCCGAAACUUUAACCUUUUCCUCAUCCUCAUUAUCUGUAACUCUCUCAUCGACCCGCUCAUCUACGCAUACCGGAGCCAGGAGCUGCGUAAAACCCUGCAGGAGCUGGUUAUGUGUUCCUGGUGCAUCGGCGUGUGACACUGCGCACAUUCAAGAAAAGUUCUCCACACUGACAACAUUUCCUCAUCUUGAAUGUAGAUUCUGUUUGAACUGGCAGGUGAUGCCCGUCCAUGAUUGUAUCUCACAUAAAGACUUCAACUUGCCAUCAUUCGCCUUUUUGGUUUGGUUAUUGUCAUUCAAAGUUCUGCACUGUGAAACGCCUGGACAUUAAAUGGUGCUCUUGCGCAACGAUAGAGUUUAUUAUGUAGUAUGUAAAUAUUGGGUUUUUGAAUUUUUUCUUCUUUCUUUGGGAGUCAAAACACGAGACUUACUUUAACUCUCUGCUCGGAGUUUUUAUAUUUACUUUUUAUUUCUUCUGCUUUUUAAAUAAUCCUAAACGCAUCCACGUCACCUCAGAAUUUGGAUUCUGCAGACGCCUUUAUUUCAAGUGAACUCUUUGUAAAGCAGCUCUCACAUUCAAAACUUUUUUACGCUGUUCAUGUCCUCGUCGAGUGAGAAUAAUGGUGAAAUCACUGCAGCCAAAACCAGAGGUGUAAAGGAGUAGAGCAUGUAUAAAAUACGAGAGGAGCGCACACCAGGAACCAUUCAAAUGCAGCAGCGCCAAAAAUACUUGCUUGGUGGGCUGGUGUAAAUUACUCCCCCCCAAAUUGUUUUUGGCCCAAUUGCUGGGAAAAGAAAAUCACAUGAACGGCCUCGCUUGCUCACGGGCCUGGGGCCGAUGGCUUCAGUGCGCUUAUGAAAGGAAGCUUAUCAAAGUGAUGUUUCUGGAGGUUUGUGCGGUUCACUGAAAUGUGCUAAACGAGGGGGUUUGUACUAGAUGAUUUAGAGACUGGUUUUACUUAUAUAGGUCAAAUACCGGGGGGCAGGUGGCUUGAAGCGAAAUUAUAUAUUUUAUCUGAAAAUCUCUUCUCUGACCAUAUACUGGAGAUGGAAAAAGUCUAGCAAAGUCUUUAGAAUUUAUUGAUAAUUUCAGAUAGAGUUAUCCUAAAACAAAAGACAAGAAACAAUCGAUGGCUUCAGAAUUUAAAACUUGUAGUUAUUUACAUUCAAGUCCUUUUUAUUUUGGUUGCAAUCACGUUUAUUCAUUGAGGGGACUGUAUGGGGCCUACGCGUUAGACCCUGACAUCUCAGAUAUUUUUCUGAUUCCAAUUCUUCUCAAGGCUUCCUCUCGCGGAUAUUUUGUUGCCAAAUGGAAAAGACUUUCGUGUCCCAUGACCAAGCUGUCCGCCAGGACAAACAUAAUCAGAUUUUUCUAUUUAUUUGGUCAUGCAGUGUGAAAUGUGCACAUCAUCAAUAACUGAGACUGCUGAGUAACGAAGCUGUUAUUUACGCAGUCAACACGGUCAGCAGUGUAGUCUUUGAUGUUUUUUUUAUGUCAUUUUUUUUUCUUUUUCAUUUGGGUUUACCAUAACUUUAGCACGCGUUGUUUUUUUUUGUUUUUUGUUUGUGCACAGUACGGACGAUACAAAUGCAUACCACGUAAACUUGAAAACGUGUUCAACCGACUGUAUAUAUUUAAUCAUUGAACCUGUUCGUUGUCUUAUUCGUUUGUCCCGAAUAAAGGAGCCACCUCAAGAGCUUUGGGUAAAUGGAGAAUGCCAGCGGCGUUAUUAUUGACUGAUCCUCUAAUAUGUUCCCGUUAUUUUUCCUUUUACCAUUGCAAACAUAUCGUUGAAUAUCUGAACUCUUGGUUGUCACGUUUUUAUUUUGGAGACUAACUGAACAAGGAAAACGUUCCAUUCAUGUGCGUGGUAACGAGAUAAGAGACUGCAGUUGAUCCAUUAAAUGCAAUGAGAGCCGUUCUGGUACUAUUCUGUUUUUAUAUGAAAUGUAGCUACAGUUGGACAGAAUAAUUAUACAUGGGGUGAGAUGUAAAUUUAUUGAACGGCACUCUAUUAAUGGUGUCCUCAUUCUACCCUUAAACUAUUUACAUGCAACAUGGAAGCCUCUCAUUUAGAAGUGAUGUAAAACAACAUAAGCUCUGAGCAGACAGUAGGACCAUUGAUGUACAAUACAACAGAGUUUUGUUGCGUUGCUGCGUUUUUAAACUCAUGAUCAAGUUCAGUUGCGCUGCUGUAAAUAACAUCGCUGAACAGAAGGGGACUUCCACUUGGAUGAAGAAAAAAAAAGAAAUUAUAAAUCACCAUCCUGUCCUCAAGGAGGAAAUUAAAAAUCUUAAUUGUUUAAAA